CUUUCGCCAGCCUCGCUCUCUCAUGGUGCCGGCGGCCUCCCCCCCUAAGGCGGCGGAGGGGUCUACUGAGUCGCAGGUCUGCGAUCCCGCCUUGGAGGGGGGUGCGGACACGGGGACAGUCCAGGGAAUGGAACUUCCCAUGGCGGAGGCUCAGGGAGAGCUUCCGGGUGCUGGGGGUCUCGGCGUCGCCACGCCGGAGCGGCCCCUUGGUGGAGCUGGGGGGCAGCUGUCCCCGCCGCUGCCGGGGGUGGUGCUCCCUGAGGAUGGUGAGGUGGUGUCGGUGGUGUCGGCGGUGUCUGCGGUGGGGGAGAAGACGAUGCCGGCGGCAACGUAUUCGAGGGCGCACAAGAAGAAGGGGAAGGACAACAUGCUGUCCGUGAGGAAGAGUUCCAGGCACAACAAGGCGUCGGCCAACCUCUCGGUGCUGGAGAAGGCCAAGAGGCUGGCUGCAGACAAGAACCUCGACUCAGCAAUGGAGGAUGCUGGUGAAGUGGAAGGAUAGAGGCCUCGUGGAUGCGGCGAUGGACUCUCUUAGGCGGAUGCAUGCGGAUCUGGUGGUGCAAGCGGGCUCCUGAUGUCGCCGAGCUCCCUCUAUCUACUUUGUACCAGGGGAAUGGUGCUUACUGGUGUGAUGAACCGUGUCUUAUUUGGUGCUAUUCUACAUCCUUUGAACUGUAGCUCUUGUUAGGUCUGGGGACCUGUGUGUCGUUGUGUUCGGUGUGGGAGCGGUUGCUCGUUAUGUAUCCUGACUUUGUAUGGUGUGUUGUCGCUUUAUUAAUUUAAAGCAGGGCUAAGGCCUUCAG